AUGAAAGUGAUAAUUCUGAUUUCCUUCCUGGUGACCCUUUUUUUCAAGAAUGGUGUGGAUGGACAUACUUGCAUGAAAGAAUUGUACAACAUUAAUUUUAAGGAUCUUUCAGUUACGUCCAUGGUUUUGGAUCAUACAAGUUCACGUGCAAGUUUAGGAAGCUGGGUUUAUUUCUUCUUCAGUCAUUUUUCUAACCCUACUGAUGCAAUAAAAUAUGUAGAAGAUAUAAAUAUAUACGCUUUAGAUAAUAAGGACAUGACAUGUUUUAUCAGAGCUUUCACUAUAUAUUUAAUUCAUAACUAUGCGAAGGAUAUAAAAUCUAUGUCAAAUACAGACAACUAUGAGACCUUUUUCAAAAAUUUAUUAAAAGAUGUGAACCCAGAAAUAAAUGGUGAUUUUCUUUCUCUAUUCAUGAGUCCAACGCUUUUGGGACAAAUUGAUGCCAUAGUACUUAAUGAACAGGAUGUUAAUAAUUUGAAGAAUGAUGUAAAUAUUUUUAAAAAACAAAUUUCCAAAGUUGAUAGAAAAACACAUGCAACUUACAACACUAAUCCUCUUUCAGCUUUCGCUUAUUAUGAUGUCAGGAACUUUAGAAAAGCUUAUUUAGUAAAAGAAAACCCUUCUAUUAAUAUGUCUGAAAUAUAUGCAGCGCGUGAUAUAAACUUUUUGGCUUAUCUUGGUGUUUCCGAUAUGUACUACAAUUCUGAUUUAACCCAGCCUGCUAGAGGUACUUCCAUGGUUAUUAGCAAAAGAAAAAGACUAGGAUUAAGAAAACGUAGUAGUUCACUUGUUUUAUUGGGACCACAGAAUCAUAACCCUAUCUUUGGCUUUUGUGAAAAAGAUGGAAAUGAAGAUUACUUUGGAUAUGUAGAUGAUUUGUUACCCUCCUUCUUUUCAGUUAUGAAAGCGAAAAUGAUUUAUGGACACAAAAGAUUUCUAAGGGAAUUUGACUAUUCAUUAAUACAUAAAACUUAUAAAAUGCCAAACCUGAAAGGUUUACGACUUUUGAAAAGUUUGUUCAGGAGAAAGAACUUAGAAAACUUUGUAGACAUGUAUAGUAACCUCAUGUCCAUAGAAUUGGAUUUUUUAACAGAAGAUUUCGCGGAACUGUUUGGUAUUACUAUGAACUGUAACAUGCGUGAUCAUUUCGAUCGUGCAAUAGUUAACUACCACGCGAUUAAGGAGAGGGGUAUGGAAUCCUAA